AUGGUCGACUCCCUCUCAUCAUCAGUCACAUCCCUCCGCACCUCCCUCCAACUCCUCGAAAGCUCAAUCGACAUCCUCGACACAGGCGUGAAUGACUUUCCGCGAUUAUCAAAAGUUCUACAAACAACCCGACACUUUGAACUCCUCCCCGAACCAACCCUCCAAGAAGCGCAACAAUCCCUCCUAGACGAAAUAACGCCAAGUAUUGCGCACCUCCUCUCCAUAACAACAAACCACGUCGAAAGACUCGCCCGACGCGAGGACUCGUUACGCGCAAAAUGUCAACUUCAAGAAGGGAGGCUAUCAGAUGAGCGACGAGAUCCUAAUUCUACAACGAAAACGGCGGUGGCAAGCCGGGCGGGAGAACGAUCAGAUGCAGGCGCAAAGGCGGCGCAGUUGAGGAGAUUGGUGCAGAAGAAGGAGAGAUUGAAGUAUGCGGUUGAUAGACUUGAGUUGCAGAGUCGGCAGAAGGAGAGGGAGUUGAGGAAGAGUAUGGCUGCGCAGUGAUUUGUCGUUCCAUUGGUGAUGAUUCGAUAUCUUUACAACCAGCCCACGUUCUUCGAGAAGCAUGCGGCUCCGAGCCGACGUCACAAAUAUCAAGACGAGGGUUUACUGCAACGGCAGUGGCUGUCAGCGAGUACUAGACCUCCGUGCUACCAGUUCAGAUCAAUGACGAAU